AUGGCUUCCACAUUUCUCACCGUACCAACUCCUUUCCUUCACAAAUCAACCGCAGCUUCAUUCUCCAACUCCAAACUCCCUCUUUUGAAGAGGAACUCUUUGAAAAUUAACGCAAUUUCCAAGCAAUGGGAACCAACUAAGGUGGUGCCUCAGGCUGAUAGGGUUCUUAUUCGUCUUGAGGAGCUAUCACAAUGCAUGAUUGCAUUGCUUAUUUGCGAAUGUAAUUUUUUGGGUCAGACAACUGCUGGUGGAAUUUUGCUGCCCAAGUCAGCUGUUAAAUUUGAGCGAUAUCUUACAGGGGAAGUCCUAAGUGUUGGUGCUGAGGCUGAAAAUGUAAAGGCUGGUGCUAAGGUACUAUUCAAUGACAUGAGUGCUUAUGAGGUGGAUUUGGGGACUGAAGCGAAGCACUGCUUCUGUAAAUCAAGUGACUUAUUAGCCGUGGUUGAGUAG